AUGUCGGGUUUUCCUCCGCAGAAGCGCCUAGCCUGCAUCGCCUGCACUAAGGCGAAGCGCGGCUGUAGCAAGCAGACGCCCUCGUGCAAGCGCUGUCUGGAGAAGAACGUCGUCUGUCGCUAUCCGGCUCCGCGCAUCACGCCGCCGUACGAUCUCGUCUUUGCGGAAGAUGGCGCCGUAUCUGCCGUUCCAGCAUCGACGGAGAGAGGUCUGCUUCUGAGUCCGGCAUCUCACGGUAGCGACGAGCAGCAGCAGCAACUGCAGCAGCACGAGAUCCACACGCCGGCCCGCCAGUCAGUAACAGCAGAGGAUCUGCGGCAUCCGUGGUUUCUAUCACCGCCCUCGUGGGCCAUAGACCAUAAUACGAGCUCUAUCCCCUCUCAAAUCACCUUUAGCGAUGAGGCCCUCACGUACUUUAUCGGCCAGCUUCAAACCUGGCUGAGGCAAUUCGCGAGCGAAGGUCAUUGUCCCUUUAUCCACCCCCAGCUAUGGAAGAUCCAUCUGCCAGACGCUAUCCAGGAUGCGUUCGCCUCCCUAGCAGCAUACCAAUCCAAGACUCCCGCAACCGAAAGGAUGGUUAUGCGCAUUAUCGAGAACCGCGCCAAUAACCUAGUCGGGAGCUAUAAUGCCAGCGCCAAUGAAGAUUUUGGAGUCGUCAUGCUUGACUCUGCGUGCCACCUCGCAAGGACCCAGGCUCUCCUGAUCUACAAGAUCAUUCGUCUGUUCGACGGCGACAUUCGCGCCCGCGCCCAAGCUGAAAAGCACAUCGAUACUCUCUCACAAUGGGCUCGACAGAUGUGGCGAAGUGCCAAUCUUGCCCUCUCUUCGGAUCACGCCGAAGCAUCGAUUCAGGAUGGAAAUAGCAAUGGGCCGGUUGAUACGCAGCUACGAACAGAUGGCUCCAUGACGUCGACAUGGCAGGCAUGGAUAUUCUCCGAGUCCAUCCGCCGCACAUACCUGGCCGCGACUCUCACAGAGGCCGUGUACCUGACUCUCAAGCAGAGCUGGGCUCCCUGCCCUGGCGGCAUCAUAUUCUCCGGCGGUGCGGGCCUGUGGGAAGCAACUUCGCCAACCUCUUGGUUCAACCAGUAUCAACAGAAUCUUGUCAAUAGUGUGCGCUGUAUUGAUGGCGAUCAUUUGUUUACUAGCGCCAAGCCGUCAGACGUGGAUGAAUUUUGCCAUGCCACUCUCAUUGUGUCGUAUGGACUAGAGAGGUUUGAUCGAUGGUGUAAUGAGAGCAUGUAA